AUGGAGGCAUGGAUGGCAGGCAAUGUCUGGGACAGUAACGGGUGCGACCGAAACACCAAGCAAGGUAGUUAUUUGCUUGAACAGUGCCUGGGUAGUCGUGCCCCGGCUGUUAUGGAGAAACAUUGGUCAUCGUUUAUCACUGAAAAUGACUUUGCUGAAAUGUCCAAACGCGGUAUUAAUGUGGUUCGCUUCCCAGUUGGUUGGUGGCAGAUCUCUGCGCAAAGCCAGUGCGAGAAGGAUAGGUUGGCUAAUGUGAAAUCAGGUAAAACAAAAGUAGCUGGGUCCAAUAUUGGCAGUUGGCUAGUGAUGGAGGCAUGGAUGGCCGGCAAUGUCUGGGACAGUAACGGGUGCGACCGAAACACCAAGCAAGGUAGUUAUUUGCUGGAACAGUGCCUGGGUAGUCGUGCCCCAGCUGUUAUGGAGAAACAUUGGUCAUCGUUUAUCACUGAAAAUGACUUUGCUGAAAUGUCCAAACGCGGUCUUAAUGUGGUUCGCUUCCCAGUUGGUUGGUGGCAGAUUUAUGACCCACAAGGAGGCGCUAGUAAAGCUAAACUGAACUGGCACGUCACACCCACCAACUACAUAACCGGUGGUCUGGCAUACAUUGACAAGGCUUUCGAAUGGGGCGCUAAGCACGGAAUCGGUAUAUUAUUGGACAUGCACGCGGCACCUGGAUCUCAAAAUGCCUUUGAUAACUCGUCACCCACUGAAUACCCUCCUCAGCAUAAUUGGGACAAAUACGAUGCAAACAGGGGUCAGACUGUAGACUCAAUGGAGCUGUAUGCUCAGCGUUACGGCAAUCACAGUGCCCUGUACGGUUUCUGUUUACUCAAUGAGCCCAAUUUUAUGGACAUCGGAAAGUUGCAAGAUUACUAUACCCGAGCCUACGCUGCCAUACGUAAACACUCGGCCGACACGGUAAUAGCGAUCAGCCCACUGCAAAAUGGCGAGUCGGGUGUCGAAGAUCAUUGGAUAAACUUUGGAAAGGGUAUGACCAGGUUGGCCUUGGACAUGCAUUACUACUCGUGCUUUGGUGGCGGUCCCGAUCAGCCUAACCCCGAUGGCGCUAUUGGUUAUAUAAACAAUGACAGAAAGAACCAAAUUGCUACGUUCGCCAGUAGAAAUCCGGGAAAGAAAUUUUUGAUUGGUGAAUGGUCAUCGUGCAAUCAUUUUAAUAACCCGAGUCGCAAUGGCGAAUUUGCCAAGGCUGAGUUCAACGUGUACGACCAGGCUUCAUUGGGCUGGACAUUUUGGUCGUGGACCGCCGGGUCCGGUGAAUUGUGGUCAUUGAAAACCAAUUUCGAAAGGGGAUGGGUGCCGGCUAACAUCUCUGCGCAAAGCCAGUGCGAGAAGGAUAGGUUGGCUAAUGUGAAAUCAGGUAAAACAAAAGUAGCUGGGUCCAAUAUUGGCAGUUGGGUAGUGAUGGAGGCAUGGAUGGCAGGCAAUGUCUGGGAUAGUAACAAGUGCGACCGGAACACCAAGCAAGGUAGUUAUUUGCUGGAACAGUGCCUGGGUAGUCGUGCCCCGGCUGUUAUGGAGAAACAUUGGUCAUCGUUUAUCACUGAAAAUGACUUUGCUGAAAUGUCCAAACACGGUAUUAAUGUGGUUCGCUUCCCAGUUGGUUGGUGGCAGAUUUAUGACCCGCAAGGAGGCGCUAGUAAAGCCAAACUGAACUGGCACGUCACACCUACCAACUACAUAACCGGUGGUCUGGCAUAUAUUGAUAAGGCUUUCGAAUGGGGCGCUAAGCACGGAAUCGGUAUAUUAUUGGACAUGCACGCGGCACCUGGAUCUCAAAAUGCCUUUGAUAACUCGUCACCCACUGAAUACCCUCCUCAGAAAAAUUGGGACAAAUACGAUGCAAACAGGGGUCAGACUGUAGACUCAAUGGAGCUGUAUGCUCAGCGUUACGGCAAUCACAGUGCCCUGUACGGUUUCUGUUUUCUCAAUGAGCCCAAUGGUAUGGAUGUCGGAAAGAUGCAAGAUUACUAUACCCGAACCUACGCUGCCGUACGUAAACACUCGGCCGACUCCGUGAUAAUCAUCAGCGCACUGCUGAGUGAGUCGGGUGUCGAAGAUCAUUGGAUAAACUUUGGAAAGGGUAUGACCAGGUUGGCCAUGGACUUGCAUUACUACUCGUGCUUUGGUGGCGGUCCCGAUCAGCCUAACCCCGAUGGCGCUAUUGGUUAUAUAAACAACGACAGAAAGAAUCAAAUUGCUACGUUCGCCAGUAGAAAUCCGGGAAAGAAAAUGUUGAUUGGUGAAUGGUCAUCGUGCAAUCAUUUUAAUAACCCGAGUCGCAAUGGCGAUUUUGCCAAGGCUGAGUUCAACGUGUACAACCAGGCUUCAUUGGGCUGGACAUUUUGGUCGUGGACCGCCGGAUCCGGUGAAUUGUGGUCAUUGAAAACCAAUUUCGAAAGGGGAUGGGUGCCGGCUAACGUUGUGUACCCUUGCUAAACACCUCUAUGUAUUUAAAUAGUAGGG